AUGGCGCCCAAGGCAGCUGGUAAGAAGACCGCGGCGGCGGCGGAUGGGGCCAGCAAGAAACAGCGCCUUGCCGAGAAGAAAAGUGAGGCUGUGAGGAGGGAACAAAAACAGGUGUUGUCCAGCGACAAGGCUAACCAGGCCAUCAUGAUGGAACAGAUCGUGGAGUGGUGCGAGUCGCACCCAAGGGGAUUCGAACACAUCCACCGCUCGAUCAUGCUCGGUUCCUAUGACGCCUUGGACCAGAAGAAUGCCCUGACGGACGCCGAUGCGGACACAAGGUUGCCGAGCUACAUGAACAAGUUCCGACUCCUGACCGUCCCGGUGGCCUUGGAAAUCCUCGCCUUGGUGACGCCAGCAGUUGCCUCCUUCAUAGAGAAGAUGCUGAAGAAGGGGCAGAAGAUUUCCAAGUUCGACGUCACGGAGGUCGUCGCCUUCGUCCUCCAUGUGGAUCUGCGCAGCGCCUUGCCCAGCAAGCAGAAGAGCCAGCUGCUCCAGUGGUGCAAGACCAGAAGCGAGGAGUCGGACAGUCCUCUCAAGUCUUGGUCUUCGUCUUCGGAGCCGGUAUGCGAGACCUGGGAGGACGGGGAUGUUCUGGACUUCGUCGCCCAUCCGCUCUACAAGUACUGGAACUUUGAGCAUGCCGCCGAUGACGGGGACCAGUCGACGUUCGGGGUCGUGCGGUACCUGAAGACGGACAUUCGCCUUCGGCUUCCGAAGGAGAUCCGCGGGUUCCCGAUGAAGGGCCCCCACCUCUUCUUCACGGCCUUCGUGAAGGGCUGCAUCAGCAUCCCCAUGACCCACGUCAUGGAGCACAAUGGGGCCGAGGCGGUGCCUGAGAGGCCCCUCUUCUUCGAGGCGGUUCCAUCAGGCUCGUCUUCGACUUCGCCUUCGAAGCCCAAGGAGGCCGAGCAGCAGCCCCCGCCGGCUACGCCGAAGAGGAAGGCUCGCUCCGACCCGAAGACUCCCGGGUCCGGGCGCUCGGGCAAGGACCCGGUGAGCCCGCCGCCUUCGUCCGGCAAGCGCAAGCGCUGCAUUGACAUCGGUGGGAUGGACAUUGCUUUCCCAGAAGGUUCCGAGUCCGAAGGCAUAAAGAAAUACUCCGACCAGAGAGGUCCUGUGGUCUUCGAGGUGUCCCCGAUUUUCGACCUGAAUCCGGAGCCGCCUGAGGAGUGGCGCAGCGUGCCAUACCGAGAGUACAAGCAGACCGCGGACUACAAAGCCAGGCGUGCUGAGAACUACGCCCAGUGCGCGCAGAAGGUCGUGGAGCACGCACUGCAUCGCAGGGGGAAGCUUUUUGUGGACAUUGAUAACACAGUCAGCGACGCAUGGAAUCGAAUUCGCAGAGCCACGAUCCCCAGCUGGCCGGGCGAGACGUUUGAUUCUCGGGCGCACCUGCCGGAGGAGUUGGCCAAAGAUUUGCCACUGGCAGGUGCCCAGAAGGCCUUAGCAUCGCUCACGCGCGAGUGGGAGAUUACCUACCUAUCGGCCCGGGGCGCUCCGGGUGCUUUUGAUGCCACUCUGCGAUGGCUAGCAGCCAACGGCUUCCCCAACCCAGGGCGCUUGCUUUUGGUUGAGUCUGCCGUGGACAAGAUCGCAUGGCUGCAGGACGCAAGCAGUUUGGAUCCUCAUCGUCGACCCGUGCUUUUGGUCGAUGACCUGACGCGAGGACAUCAUCUUGCGCAAGCUGUCCCAGACGAGACGAUGCGCUUGGCACUGCAAGCUCUACGAUUGGAUCACGAGGUUUUUGAUCCUCAGACAAGCGACUGGGCAAAACUCGCUGAGCGCUUGCUAGACCGAGCUGCCGAGAUGCGCGUGACUCGCAGCCACCCGGCAGCGCCGGUCGUCGUCUGCCGCGACUGA